AUGGCGCUGCCCCUCAACGGCACAGGGAUCAACGUGUCUCACCUCUCCCCGGAUGCCCACCCUGGCGUUGGCCAGUUCUCACUGGGGGCCGUCUUGGGUCUGGGAGUGCUGGUGGCCGCCCUCAUCCUCUUCACCAUCGUUGGGAAUAUCCUGGUGAUCAUCGCCGUGCUGACCAGCAGAGCCCUGAGUCCACCUCAGAACCUCUUCCUGGUCUCCUUGGCCAUUGCUGACAUCCUCGUGGCGACCCUGGUCAUGCCCUUCUCUCUGGCCAACGAGCUCAUGGGCUACUGGUAUUUUGGGACCGUGUGGUGUGACAUCUAUUUGGCUUUGGACGUCCUCUUCUGCACUUCGUCUAUCGUGCACCUCUGCGCCAUAAGCCUCGACAGGUACUGGUCCGUGACCAAAGCGGUGGAGUACAAUCUCAAACGGACACCCAAGAGGAUUAAGUGCGUCCUAGUGGUGGUGUGGCUCAUCUCAGCCAUGAUCUCCUUCCCCCCUCUGAUCUCCAUGGAGAGGGAGCCUGAGGGUGAGACGCACUCCGUCUGCAAACUCAACGACGAGACCUGGUACAUCCUGCUCUCCUGCGUGGGCUCCUUUUUCGCCCCGUGUCUCAUCAUGAUCUUGGUGUACGUGAGGAUCUACCAGGUGGCCAAGCGCAGGACCAGGAGCUCGUCGGUGAGGCGGGGAGGAGCCGAGGGCUCCCCCCAGCACGAGGAUGGGGCGGGCAGAGGAGCGGCCAUCGGAGCCGACGAGGAGAAGGAGAACGGCCAUUGCCCCGGUGGCCGGGAAGUGGCCGGGACCGAGCCGGAGGACGCGGAGCCGGAGGAGAGCUCCACCUCGGAGGGCAAGGGACGGGAGAAGGACCGGGCAGCGGGAGGCGGAGGGGGCAGUGGGGAAAGCGGAAGGGCCUCCGCUUCCCAGAAGGGGGAGGAGGAGGAGGAGGAGGAGGAGGUUUGCAAAAGAGACUCGCGUCCCAAGAGGUCCAGUCGGCGGUCCCACUUCAGCAACAAAUCCUUCAGGUUUUCCACGCGGAGGAAGCGGAGGAGCAGCCGCGCCUCAAGGAGUAAGGCGUCCCAGGCGCGGGAGAAGAGGUUCACCUUCGUGUUGGCUGUGGUCAUGGGAGCCUUCGUGCUGUGCUGGUUCCCCUUCUUCUUCAGCUACAGCCUGUACGGGCUGUGCCGCGAGGCCUGCGAGGCCCCCGAGCCGCUGUUCAAGUUCUUCUUCUGGAUCGGCUACUGCAACAGCUCUCUCAACCCCGUCAUCUACACCAUCUUCAACCAGGACUUCAGGCGCGCUUUCAGGAACAUCGUCUGCCACCGCAGGAAACAGACGUUUUAAUCAGUAUUUGCCUCUCUUUCGACCCCCACUCCCCUCCUUUCCCCUCU